UCUCGAACCAAACCCACGGCGGAAACCCUAACAUCAAAGCAGCCGACGCUCCGCGCAGCCGACGGAGACCCUUCGGGACUCGGGAGAGCGCAAGAGCAACAUGGCGGCGGCGGCGGUGUACGGCGGCAUGAAGGGCGGGAAGCUGGGCGUCGAGGAUGCCCGCGAGCUUCAGCUCAACCGCAUCCGCAUCACCCUGUCGUCCAAGAACGUCAAAAACCUCGAGAAAGUCUGUGCGGAUCUGGUGAAGGGGGCCAAGGACAAGCAGCUGAGGGUCAAGGGGCCUGUCAGGAUCCCCACCAAGGUGCUCCACAUCACUACCCGCAAGUCCCCCUGUGGUGAAGGAACAAACACAUGGGAUCGGUUUGAGUUCCGCAUCCACAAGAGGGUGAUUGACCUUAUCAGCUCGCCGGAUGUGGUAAAGCAGAUUACCUCCAUCACUAUCGAGCCUGGUGUCGAGGUCGAGGUGACAAUAGCAGACGUGUAAUAAUUCACAUAUCGCGGUAGGCUAUUUAUCCUGUCUCUAGUUUUGUACACCCCGUCACAUGAUUGUAAUAGACUUCAGCAUUCCAGACUGUUUGUUUUUUUGUGUUUCAUGUUAAAUUGAUCCUUGUACAACGACACUUUUUUUUUUGUUGAUCGAUCUGUGUUGUUUUCAACACACUUGGAAGGAAUCUGACAAUAUGGCUCCCCAUCUUCCGGAAUGUGCCGUUAUCUAGAGCUGUUUGG